UUUCGAAGCCGCUUGGUUUUCUUUUUAUCCAUUAACGAACCAUCGGAGCGGCGAAGUUUUUCCGGUGCAUUUUACUCGUUGGAGAUUCCCAGAGGCGGUUCCGUUCAGCUUCCGUAAGGUGGUUGUUGUUGUUGUUCUGCUGCUUAUGGCUGAGUUGACUCAGCCGGAGGUCUACUCGCCGAGGACUCUGCAGGUGUGGAAGACGCUGUUGAACUGGUUGGCUUUCUUCUUCCAGAUCUUCGUUCAGAUCCUCAGAGCUCUCGGGCAUCUUCGUCUUCUUUCUUCUUCUUCUUCUUCAACUGAUUCUUCGUCUCCGUCUUUUAAGCCCUUGCCGGUCGUUGAGCUCCCUGACCACGACUUUCUCGCCGCCUCCGCCGUUGAUAUCGCCUCUGUUGAAGAUGAUGAAGAGUCCGACGGGCGUGUGGAGAAGCUAACGAUAGUUCUCGACUUGGAUGAAACUCUCAUAUGCGCAUAUGAGACGUCUAGUUUGCCUGGUGUUAUUCGUAGUCAAGCAAUAGAAGCUGGACUGAAGUGUUUCGAACUCGAGUGCGUAUCUUCAGACAAGGACUGUGAAGGGAAGCCUAAGGUCAACUAUGUUACUGUCUUCGAGCGUCCGGGUUUGCGCGAUUUCUUACACCAACUAGGCGGGUUUGCAGAUCUUGUGCUCUUCACAGCUGGUCUUGAAGGGUACGCGAGACCACUUGUUGACAGGAUAGAUGAAGAAAAUCGAUUUAGUCUUCGACUUUAUAGGCCUUCAACAAUUAGCACGGAAUUCCGAGAUCACGUGAAGGAUCUCUCCUGCCUGUCAAAGGAUCUACGAAGAACAGUCAUUGUUGACAACAACCCUUUCAGUUUCUUAUUGCAACCUCUGAAUGGAAUUCCUUGCAUUCCAUUUUCUGCAGGGCAACCACAAGAUUCCCAGCUUCUAGAUGUCAUUCUUCCACUUCUAAAGCACCUCGCACUGCAGAACGACGUCAGGCCGGUGCUGUACGAAAGAUUCCACAUGCCUGAAUGGUUUCAGAAGCAUGGAAUUCCUACCUAAGUUAAACGAAGAUUGAUCUGUGCAAGAAAAAGGUACAUUCUUCUCCUUGCACAGUUCACCACCAGUUACCUUGUUCACGGAGGGUGCAGCACCUUCAAUGAAUCAGACACUGAUUCUUGAACUUUUGUAUAGCUUCAUGUUCAUCAUGGAUGUGAUCCCGAAAGGUUCCAUCCAAUUGUUUGGAAAUCCAUAUGUAGUGUUAUAAUUGUGAAGGGAAAAAUUGCAAAAACCACCCCUGAAUAGAGGUUGUUACAUACACAUCCUCAAGCUUUUAAUUUGAUCUAUCACUCCUUUACAUUUACGAAAUUGUCAUUAUUAAACUCUUAAUCAUAAAAUGUACAAAUCGCUCUUGAACCAGGAUUGUUACAAUUUAAUCCAAGUUAGAAUUUGGUUCUUAGAUUGAUGCUGAGCUGACAUCUCGAUCAAGAAACCAAAAAGUUAUUGUAAAAGUUUUAGGGUUGAUCGUAACAAUUCAAUAAUGCGAGGGUUUGAUUAUUACAAUAGUUACAGUUUAGCAGUGGUUUGUGCAUCUUACCAUGUUUAAGGGUUUUAAUCGCAACAGGUGUGAUUGAAACAAUCUCUAUAGUUCAGGGGUGGUUUUGCAAUUUUCCCGAUUGUAAAUUUGUAGGAAUUCUGAAUUUGUCAUUCAUCUUUGAAUUUAUUCAUGUAAUCUUGUUGGUAGGAGUUUUGUGGAACUURUUUAUCAAUAAAUAUCAGUGGUUUCCCCCCUUUGGUUGCUUUAA